GCCAAGUCUUUUGAUCCUCGAUGAAGCUUUCGACGGCCUGGACAAGAGUUCCCGCGUGGAACUCGCCAGUAUGCUGGAGAGCUUCUUUGAUGAAAGUCCUCGAGCGUUGGUGAUGAUCGUGCAUCGCUUGGAAGAUUUGGUACCACUUCCAAGCUCAGUUCUUCUACUUGGUCAGGGAGAUGGCACUGAGCACAGUGUUGGUCCUUGGUCACAGAUGGAAGCGAAAGUGACAUCCUUUCUCCAGGAUUCCAGCAGCGAACUUCCCCCCUCGUCCAUGCCAGUCCCAACAGUAGCCGUGGGAGAGCCACUGGUCGAGUUCAAGGACGUGACCAUUGAGUAUGGCCCAGUUCGUGUAUUUGACAAGCUCAACUGGACAGUUCGGGAAAGCGAAAAGUGGAUCGUCCUUGGAGGAAAUGGUACUGGAAAGACGACUCUAUUUGAUCUCAUCACCGGUGAAAACGUGCUGGGAUACACACAGAAUCUUCAUUUGUUUGGACGGCAGAAAGGCAGUGGUGAGAGCAUUUGGGACAUCAAGAAGCAGCUGGGAGUGAUCUCCAGUGAACUUCACAUGGAAUUUCUGAUUUACUCAGAUCCCCGUUUUGAUCGGAAAGUCACCGCCUGGGAAGUUGCAUGCUCGGGCCUAUUCGACAGCAUCGGUUUGUAUGCGGAGCCCACUGCGACCCAGAUUCAAAAUGUCCAACAGUGGGCUGACAUGUUGGGUCCCGACCUGAGCUUACCCUUCCACUGAGGGGUUUGUCCAUAUGUAGUUUUUUUUUUUU